UUUUCCUGAAGGGUUUCCACAUGACCUAGCGAGCCUGCUCUCACCUGAGAUGCCAGCCUUGGGCAGUCAGGGCCUUGCUCAGGGUGUGCCUGGGCUGCUGUCUCUCCAGGUCCCCGGGCUGAGGCGGCUCUAGGAAUGGAGGAUGCACAGUGACGGUGCCAGUGCGAGGCCCUCCCAGCAGAGGUGGCCUUCGUCAAGGUGAACGUGGUCGCAGGUGCUUUCUUCCUCCUUCCCACGCUGCCUGGAAACACCUGGAAGACGCUCGGCGAGUCCCCCAACCGGCCUUCAGGAUGCUGUCUGCAGCAGGAGCUGACAAUAAGGUGAGGCCGGCCUCUCUGCAGCCCGAGGCCUGAGCUCUGCCAUGGGGGUAGGGGUGUCAUUACUCCUGCAGUUUUCUCUGACGUCUGGGGGUCACCGGAGUGUGGGCCGAAGCCGGCGCUACAGCCGCAGGAGCCUCCCCAGCAGGAGCUGGAAAAAACCUCAUCUCCAGCUCCACAGCCUCCAGGAGGAAGAACCGAUGCUGGAACGACGCUGCAGGGCCCCCCUGGCCAUGGGCUCGGCCCAGCCCCAGCUCCUUUCUGGGCCCUCCCAGGAGUCGUCCCAGACCCUGGAGAAGGAGUCCCACGGGCUGAGGUUACGAGGUACCUCGGUGGCCCAGCCAGGCAGCCAGGCUCCAGGUCGGGUCCAUCGCUGUGCCCACUGUCGCCGGCACUUCCCUGGCUGGGUGGCCCUGUGGCUUCAUGCCCGACACUGCCAGGCCCGGCUGCCCCUGGCCUGCCCGGAAUGCGGCCGUCGCUGCCGACACGCCCCCUUCUUGGCACUGCACUGCCAGGUCCACGCGGCUGCCACUCCAGACCUGGGCUUCUCCUGCCACCUCUGCAAGCAGAGCUUCCGAGGCUGGGUGGCCCUGGUUCUGCACCUGCGGGCCCACUCGGCUGCCAAGCGGCCCAUCGCCUGCCCUGAGUGUGAGAGACGCUUCUGGCGACGAAAGCAGCUUCGAGUGCAUCUGCGGAGGUGCCAUCCCCCUACCCCUGAGGCCCGGCCAUUCAUAUGUGGCAACUGUGGCAGGAGCUUUGCCCAGUGGGACCAGCUAGUUGCUCACAAACGGGUUCAUGUAGCCGAGGCCCUGGAGGAGGCAGCAGCCAAGGCUCUGGGGCCCCGGCCCAGGGGCCGCCCGGCAGUGACUGCCCCCCGGCCCGGUGGAGAUGCCGUUGACCGUCCCUUUCAGUGUGCCUGCUGUGGCAAGCGCUUCCGGCACAAACCCAACCUGAUUGCCCACCGCCGCGUGCAUACGGGCGAGCGGCCCCACCAGUGCCCGGAGUGCGGGAAGCGCUUCACCAACAAGCCCUACCUGACCUCACACCGGCGCAUCCACACUGGUGAGAAGCCCUACCCGUGCACCGAGUGCGGGCGCCGCUUCCGCCACAAGCCCAACCUUCUGUCCCACAGCAAGAUCCACAGGCGGUCCGAAGGGUCCACCCAGAGCGCCGCCAGCGCAGGGAGCCCCCAGCUUCCAGCCCGUCCCCUGCAAUCCUCAGCAGAGCCCACCGCCCAGGCUCCACCGAGACCUGCCCAGGAGCCUACCCCCGAGCCUCUGCUGGAGGCGCCUGGAGAGGGCCCCCGGGACCAGGCGGAAGCCCCCCCAUCUCUCUACAGCUGCGAGGACUGUGGCAGGAGCUUCCGGCUGGAGCGCUUCCUGCGGGCCCACCAGCGGCAGCACACGGGGGAGCGGCCCUUCAUCUGCACCGAGUGCGGGAAGAACUUCGGCAAGAAGACCCACUUGGUGGCCCACUCUCGGGUCCACUCCGGGGAGCGGCCCUUCGCCUGCGAGGAGUGCGGGCGCCGCUUCUCCCAGGGGAGCCACCUGGCGGCCCACCGGCGUGACCACGCGCCCGAGCGGCCCUUCGUCUGCCCAGACUGUGGCAAGGCCUUCCGCCACAAGCCCUACCUGGCGGCCCACCGGCGCAUCCACACCGGCGAGAAGCCCUACGUCUGCCCCGACUGCGGUAAAGCCUUCAGCCAGAAGUCCAACCUGGUGUCCCACCGGCGCAUCCACACUGGCGAGCGCCCCUACGCCUGCCCCGACUGCGACAGGAGCUUCAGCCAGAAGUCCAAUCUCAUCACCCACCGCAAGAGCCACAUCCGGGACGGCGCCUUCUGCUGUGCCAUCUGUGGUCAGACCUUUGACGAUGAGGGGAAGCUCCUGGCCCAUCAGAAGAAGCAUGAUAUCUGAGGGCAGGGGCAGCAUUCGGGAGGAAGCGAGGCAGUGGGGCGGCAGGGCCUGUGCUGCUGUCGGUGUAGCGAGGGCUGGAGGGGCAGGCCCUGUUAGGGAGGUCAGCCUCCACACCUUAGGCCAGGGAACCCACUGCAGAGCACAGGGACCCGGCCUCCAGCUGGGGUUGGCUGAGGUUCCCUCCUCACUGUCCUGUGCCCUGGAAAAGUAGCAAUAGCACCUGUACCCACCCCUUAGAGUCCGUCCUCCGCUGGAGGGGCUGCCGGUGGACAGGAUGACCCUUCUCUGGUGUUAACGCCUUAAUGUCCCUGCCUUUUAUUUUGAGCUCCUUCAGCUUGUUUUUGGAAGUAGGUGUGGUACAGUCCGUAGUAAAGAGCGCUUGGGAAGCAAAGCGGACCAGCUGGAUACAGCUGGGGGAACCUGCUGGCCUUGUUAGGCAGCCCUGGGAGGUGAAGCCAAGCUGCUCAGACCUAUCCCACCCCAGUCCCCCCACCUGCCCCUGCAUUGGCACCCAGUCUUGGAGAGACCCAUCUACUGUUAGUCUCGGCUUCCCCUUCCUUCCUAGAGGUCAGUUCUGGUUUCUGCACAGGUCACCCCAUUUGAUUUUUUAAAAAAUAUAUAUAUUUUUAUUGAUUUCAAAGAGGAUUGGAGAGGGAGAGAGAGAAGCAUCAGUGACGAGAGAGAAUCAUUGAUUGGCUGCUUCCUGCACACCCCCUCCU